AUGCAUGUUUUUAUUAUCGGCUUAUAUUAUAAAAUCUAUCUAUCUAUCUAUCUAUCUAUCUAUCUAUCUAUCUAUCUAUCUAUCUAUCUAUCUAUCUAUCUAUCUAUCUAUCUAUCUAUCUAUCUAUCUAUCUAUCUAUCCUUGUCUCUCUCUAUCCUUGUCUCUCUCUAUCCUUGUCUCUCUCUAUCCUUGUCUCUCUCUAUCCUUGUCUCUCUCUAUCCUUGUCUCUCUCUAUCCUUGUCUCUCUCUAUCACUGUUCAUUCAUUUUGGAACAUUACUGUAAUUACUUUCGUCCUGACAGAUAUUCUCUUUCUUCACUCUCUCUCAUUUCUCACUUUCUUUCUUUUCUUCUCUCUCCAUUUCUUCUCUUUCUCCUCUUUCUUUCUUUCUUUCUUUCUCCUCUUUCUUUCUUCUCCCUCUGUUUUUUCUUUUGUUCUCCUCUCUCUUUUGUUCUCCUCUCUCUCUCUUUCUUUCUCUCUUAAUGUCUCUCGUUUCUCACUCUCUCUCCUUGUCUCUCUCUGCCUCAUUUUUUCUCCUCUUCUGUUUAACUUCCUCUCUCCAUUUAACUGUCUCUGUCUCCCUCCAUUUAACUGUCUCUGUCUCCCUCCAUUUAACUUUCUCUGUCUCCCUCCAUUUAACUUUCUCUGUCUCCCUCCAUUUAACUUUCUUUCUCUCUCUCUCCCUCCAUUUAACUUUCUCUAUCUCUCUCUCCCUCCAUUUAACUUUCUCUAUCUCUCUCUCCCUCCAUUUAACUUUCUCUAUUUCUCUCUCCCUCCAUUUAACUUUCUCUAUUUCUCUCUCCCUCCAUUUAACUUUCUCUAUUUCUCUCUCCCUCCAUUUAACUUUCUCUAUUUCUCUCUCCCUCCAUUUAACUUUCUCUAUCUCUCUCUCCCUUCAUUUACUUCUUGCUCUCUAUUUAUCUCUCUCUCCCUUCAUUUACUUCUUGCUCUCUAUUUAUCUCUCUCUCCCUUCAUUUACUUCUUGCUCUCUAUUUAUCUCUCUCUCCCUUCAUUUACUUCUUGCUCUCUAUUUAUCUCUCUCUCCCUUCAUUUACUUCGUGCUCUCUAUUUAUCUCUCUCUCCCUUCAUUUACUUCGUGCUCUCUAUUUAUCUCUCUCUCCCUUCAUUUACUUCGUGCUCUCUAUUUAUCUCUCUCUCCCUUCAUUUAAUCUUUCUGUCCUAUCUCCAUUUUUCUCUUUUAGUUUACCUAUAUCUUCCUCUAUUCUCAUAUAUCUAUUCUAUCAUCUAA